AAUUCAAGAAAGCAACAUGAAAUUAAUUUUAUUAUUCAGCAUUGCCUUGGCAUGUAUUUGCUUAACACAAGCUGGUGUUUACACGGAACGAAAUUUUCAUGAUGACAAGCAUCCUGGCAAAUGUGUUGUCAAUGGUAAAGUGUUGACACCAGGCCAGAGUAUAAAACAUCCCACAAUGGAUUGUGCUGAAAUAACAUGUGAUAAUUCGAUUGGCAUGGCCACCAUUGAAACCUGUGAUCCCAUUUCGGCUUUAGCUUCGCCUUUAGAGCAACUCAAAGUAUACGAUCGCACAAAUCCACCUAAAUGUACAUGGGGUGAUUUUAAAAAUACUAAAGCAGAAUAUCCCAAAUGUUGUGAGCGGCAUUUCACUUGUGUGUUUUAAUUGUAGCAAUAAAAAUUAAUAGGUUGUUAUAGAAAAAUUAUAAUAAUAAUAACAAAUGAUUAAAUGAAACUC